AUGGACGUAUAUACCAAUUCCCCAGAAGUAGAAGAAAAUGAAUACGAAGAAUAUGAAGUUCCAGUAUCUCGCAAUGACACAACACAAAUGACACAACACAAGGAAACCGAUAGCUCUCAAAAACAAAAGAAAUGUAAGAGAGACAUCUUGGGCUGUUCGAAGAAAGAAAUCCUGCUAGCAUCACUUGCUCUCCUCGUAACUAUACUUCUGAUGUUCAUCGUCUGUUUGAUAUUACUGAUUCAGAUCAAGUCGCAAUUGGAGUAUACAAACGAAAGGUGUCGUGGAAUACCAGAACUACCGUCAAACGAACAUGUAAUUACAAUCCAAGAUGAAACAGAAGUCUUCGACGGUAUUCUAUCAUUCAACGGAUGUGCUGAAUUCAGACAUGACGAGGAGAGAAAAGGCAAAAUAGUCACAGACUCACAAAACACUGUAACUUUGUAUCCCUUCAAUAGUCAAACCAAAUCGAUUAUCGUGGAUUGUGUUUAUAACGGGACCGAUUCCUGGCUGGUGAUACAACGACGUCUGCAUGGAACUAUCAGCUUCUAUAGAGAUUGGGAAAGUUAUGCAAGUGGGUUUGGAAAACCAGGCGAUGAAUAUUGGAUUGGUCUACGCAAUCUCCAUCUACUGACGUCUGGGCAAAAUUAUCGCUUGCAAAUAGUGUUGACCAGUUGGGAGGAUGUCACGAAAAUAGCCGAAUACAGCUCAUUUUAUAUCGCAAACGAGCCUUCCAACUUUUCCAUAGCGAUAUACGGAUACUCGGGAAAUGCCGACGACGGUAUGACUUACCACAGCGGCCAAUCGUUUUCAACUUACGACAGAGAAAAUGACGAAAAUAUUGGAAACUGUGCUAAAAGGUACCACGGAGGCUGGUGGUAUAAACGUUGCUACCACGCAAACCUUAACGGACGAUACUAUAACUCGUCAAAUGGCAUCGAAGGUGAUGGUGUGGCCUGGUCCAAAUGGCUUGGUGAUUUUUACUCUCUCAAAUCCGUCGAGAUGAGAAUUCAGCCAAAUCCCAUGUGACCAAUAACAUACUUAAUACCGGGGAUGGCAAGCCCUUUUUAAUAAACGAGUCACAAACUAUAUUUUUAAUUACGUAGAAGCAGGCUAUGGGUGAUAGAUAUUUGAACAUUGUCUGCAUCAAUGAGCGACUUGCUGCUGCAUCUUACAGUUUGAUCUUCACAAAGGCCGACUUAUAUCAAGACUAAGACGAUUUCUGGAACUAUCACAUUCACUCGAGAAACACGAAUAUAUUGUUACGGUAAAUCCUUUAUUGGUACGAGGAGACUUAGAAACGGAAAUCACUUCGAGAGAAUUAUAUUCUCAUAUAAAAGUUACAACCAUCCAGCACCAUUGUUGUUUCGGAUUUCCGUUGUGUACUUCAUUCCACGUUUAUGCAUGCAAUGGUCACUCACCGGGCCACCGACAAAGCACGGUGGGUCACUUUUUGACCCAAGGGUCAGUGGUUCGCCAUCCCUACUUUAUACCAAGUCAAAAUACAGAUUUUUCAACUUUAUUUACAAAUUCAUACAAGAGCCAUAUGAUACCAUCCUCGAUAAUUUAGAAGCUUCAAAGGGAAUUUUUUCGGAGUGUAACCGGAAGAGAGUGUAAAAACCAUUUUUCAGAAUUUGGCGUGGCACUGAAAAAAAUAUGCUAAAAUUCUCUGAUAUAUUCAAAGCCUGAUAAACUAAUGAUUAAGCAGUUGAAUAUGCUUCAAUACAGCGCUGCCUAUGUAUUCUCGAGUC